AUGCCAUCCGUCUUCACCCGACAUCGUCGAGCAUCCGACGCUCUGCCCCCGUCUUUCGGCAAGGAAGAGUCUCCUGCUCGAAGACAGCGUCUCUCCAUUGAUCUGAUCCACUCCAACAAUCUCAAUGGUUCACCACCCCCAAGUUCAGGAGGAGGGAAAAUCAAGGCUCUCUUUGGAGUUGGCUCGUCACCUGAUCCCGACGGUAAAAACGCAUCACUUAGGAAGAAGUUGACAUCGCCUUCAUCAUUCUUCAAAUCAUCGGUCGACCUAAACACACCUAAAACACCACCAUCUCAAUCCCCUGCAGAUCCCACAUUAGCCAGGUAUACGGACCCUUCACCUAGAACCAAGGUCAAUGGAAGUUCAACGGAGGAGAGAUUCGCAUCUCCCACUUUGGCCCCUGAGGCCUUCGCUUUGGCAUCGACAAGCUCACCAGAAGGUACACCCAGACAGAGUAAGGAUGGACGAAGGGCUUCAGUCAGUUGGCAACCCUCUUAUCCACUGGUUGUACCGGAGGAUCAAUAUAUCAACAUACCUCCAGAUGGUCAUGCAGCUCCCAACGGACUUGCACCUUCAGCGAACAUAGCUUCAACUCCUGCAGAUGAGAACCGAAAGAGGAGAUCGUUAGAUGCUGGGGAUAGACUGUCAAGCUGGCCAGUCAUUCAACCUACGUCUAAACCUGUCACCCCACCCAUAUCAACGCUACAGACCCCUGUCACACCACCUAAACCUCAAUUCGCCUUACCAACCCCUCCACUGUCGGCCGGAUCAGACAAGAAGAAAUUCGAUGGUCUGCAACCACCAGAACAGCCCGGUGGAAGGCGUAGACCCUCUCUCAGUAUCGAUAUAUCUGAUGUCGCAAUGCCAGGCUCCACGGCAGCGCUCGCCGCAGCUCAGAAAGAGCAGUCAAAACCACUAGCAUCGGACUCGACCCAAUCAGCAGUGGAUACAAGGUCCACUUCGUUAGCGGGGUUUACCCGUGUACCACUCAAUGAUACAGCAUCCAGAAUCUCCUCCGUCUCCGUACCAUCCUCACCUAUCAAUAGUACAAGACAGCGACCUAAUCCCCCUGUUCGUAAGUCAACCCUCAUCCAGAGUCCUCCCAUGCCUCAGCCGAUCAAGAAUCUACCUACACUUCAAGGAUGGCCGGGAUCUCCCCAACCUAGUGGUAGUACGACACCUGGAUGGGGAUCUUUGGCUAAAGAAGGUGGACCGAAGACCCCCGGUUUUUUAGGAACACCAAGUGGUCAACGGACACCGGGAUUAAGCGGGUUCCCAUUUUCUUUGCCACCUGUGGGAACACCCCUUGGAAAGGGUAAGGAGAGGAGCACGUUGACGGAACAGGAGGUGCGAAAAGCGAAGAGAGCAAUGCCUGUCAUGCUUCGUCAACCGUCUACGAAACCGGCUGAGGAGGAGGAAGGUGGAGACGCAGGAGAUGAUGAUGAGGAGAGUGAUGGAGAAUCAGAGACUGAGGUCGAGGGUGGUAGAUCUGAUGACGAUUCUGAUGGAGGGGCAGAGACAGAACCGAGAGCUUCGAGCUCAAGAGGUGCUAUUGGACUCGCGGGGAGAUUUGUCAAGAAGAACAGAGGGAAAGGAAAAGCUGCCUCGCAAGUGUCCCCCAUGGCUAAAUCUGUCGUCACAGAGGAGGAAGCCAACGGUAAAUCUGUUUGGUCGUUGGGAACACCGUCGGAGAAAAGACCUACCACCAACUGGGCUCAAUUCGGUUCUCCUUCUCCCAGAGCUACCCCUGGACCUGCCCCAACUCCCGGAAGAGCUGCUCUCAACCGAAAUUUAUCAUCUUAUGCUUCCACCGUGACUACCUCUGAGGAAGGAUACUUCGAUUCCGCCCCCACGUCCUCCCAGGUUAGUACAGGGGCCACAUCAACACCACUGCGGUCCGAGAAACCUACGCUAGCGAAAGGAACCGGAACCACAGAACUUGUCAACAGUGCUGUUGCAGGACUACAACUGGGUCAGCCGGUAACGUCAACAUCUAUCGCAACAACCCGAGCUCAUAAUGAGGACGAUGACGAGGCGGUAGCAGAUGAUGACAGUGAUGAUGAUUCUGAUGUGGGAACCAAUGAGGGGACCAAUGAAGAUUCGGUCGAGUCUCCCCCAAUCCCUUCUCAACAAACAGAGGCGAUGGCUAUUCAAGUGACUAAACCUACUGCACCUGUAAGACCAUCACCCUCAACCAGACCAUCAAUGUAUUCUCAAGUCUCUCGAUCAAUGAUAAACCUCCCUCCCAAACCCGCCGCUUCUGAGCCAGAAGGACCCUCAGAUAAACUAUCAGUGAAACCUCGUUUGGAAACUGUUCCAUCAGGUGAACAAGUACCUAUGCGGAUUGACCUGCCACCGAGGAUUCCCGAGGGUAAAGUCGUGGGCAAUGGUCCAGCGACACCCGCAGAAUGGGCCAAACCACCUCCUACGCCUGCUGCAGGAUUAAGCUCGUUCAACUUCUGGUCAGGCGGCGAUAAGAAACAACCCGCUCUGAAACGACGUAGAUCUGCAGAUGAUCUGAUGAAACAACCGCCCAAGUAUGAACCUCCUUUCCCUGGAACGUUUAUCCCGAGACCUAGAGAUGAGGAAGGAAGAGAAAAAUUACCUAAAUAUUGGUGUUCCGUCCACAUCGAAGGGUUGUUACCGAGAAAAAUGGAAUUUUCUGCUCCCAGCAUGCAAGCUCGAGAUCGAUCAUGGAAGAAACUAUAUUUCAUCAUUCACGGAACUUCACUCUACGUGUACAAAUUCGAUCCUCAUCGAUUCCCUCUCAAAGUGGAUGCUCCCGUUCCGACCAUAGACGAAGAAGAGGUUGAUGAUAGUCUACAUGUGCACUACCCACCUGCUUCUGAACGACGAGGGUCUGUCGCCUCGCAGACAAACACGAUGCGACGAGGAUCGAUAUCAGCUGUUGUCGGUGUAGGAUCUGGAUCCGAUGGUGGUAGGAGAGGUAGUGUUCCUGAUAAUUUCCAUUCUGCGGCGGCCAAUCAACGAAGAGGAUCGAAUGCUGGGUUAUCAACUACAGAUGGUUCAAUAGGUGGAUCAUCGGGAUUGAGACGUGCAUCCGAAUCAGCAUCGGGAUCAAGUUUAUCGGUCCCUAGAAGAAGUUCGUUAAGCAUCGUCACCAAUGCUUCAGAUAAUAACUCUGGUGAUUUGAAAGAUCCAAAACUUUUCCCAGGGAACAAUGCCAACUCUGCGUCAGCCAGGAGAGGCUCGACAUCUAGUCAGAGUAUAGUAAGUACGAGUGGAGGCACAAGUUUGGCAUCUCAUUUCCAACAUAAUUCAUUGGUCAAGCAAUAUUCCUUACAGAAUGCGGAAUCCGGUCUGGCAGCAGAUUAUCACAAGAGGAAGAAUGUUGUGAGAGUCAGAAUUAAUGGCGAACAAUUUUUGUUGCAAACGGGAGAUAAUAGGGAAGUGGUAUCUUGGAUUGAGGCUUUCCAAGCUGCUACCAAUGUCUCACUUGAUCUGGACGUCCGACCCAUGCCAAAGAUCAUUACGUUACCUCGAAGACGUAGAAGAAGAGGUGCAGCCGCCACUGCCGCUGCUGCCGCUGCCCGAACAGCGACGGAGGCGAACGGUGCAGCUGCGAAUGGUACGGCUGAUACUCCCUCGGGUAACGCCCAGGCGGUAUCGGCUGCGGACGCCGCUGAGAGGGAGAGGGAGAGGAUGUUAGUAGAGGAUCAACAGGCUGAAGUGGUUGGUUAG